AUGUCAUCAAAAAUAAGCGAAGCUCAGGAGCACUGCCGAGCUGCAGAGAAAGCAUUAAAAACAUCAUUGUUGCGCUGGAAACCAGAUUAUGAUUCAGCUGCAGAUGAGUACAGUCAAGCAGCUCAGUGUUAUCGGAUAGCUCGGGAUCUAAACAAGUCCAAAGAGUGCCACUUAAAAGCAUCAGAAUACUACAAGAAAAAUCGUUCGUUCUUCCAUGCAGCCAAAGCCCUUGAGAAUGCUAUCAUUGUUAGCAAAGAAACAGCUACUCCUGAUGAGAUAUACUCUUUGGCUGUAGAGUCUUCAAGUCUAUAUCAGCAACAUGGUUCAGGAGAUUCUGGAGCAACUGUGCUUGAUAAAGCUGCGAAGAUUUUGGAAGAAAAUGCCCCUGAAAAAGCGGUAAUGCUAUUCCAGCAAGCAGCUGAUGUGUCUUCUACCGAGAGUAGUCAACAUCAAGGGUCAGAAUACAUCAGUAAAUCAUCACGGAUUUUAGUACGUCUUCAAAGAUAUGAUGAAGCGGUGGACAGUCUACGGCGUGAGAUUGGAUUUCAUCAAGAAUCUGCCAAUAAUGGUGCCGUUGGUAGAUUAACAGUGGCUAUUGUUUUAGUUCAGCUCGCACGCGGUGACCCUGUGGCUGCUGAAAAAGCUUACAAGGAGUGGGGUAACUAUUGUGAAGCGCCAGAAAUGUCAACACUUGAGCAACUCCUCCAAGCCUAUGAUGAGGAAGACCGUGAAGGAGCAAAGCGAGCUCUGGCUUCGCCGUUCAUACGCAGUAUGGAUGUGGAAUAUGCAAGGCUUGCUGCCUCUGUACCCCUGCCGGAGAGUAUCGAGCCUGCACCCAAAGCUAAUGUACGUGAGAACGCCGCACCAUCUUACGUUAGCGCUAAUGCUGUUAAUGCUUCCAAUGCAACGAAUUAUCAAGAAGAAGACGAGUCGCCAUAUGAAGCUGUUACAUAUGAAGAGAAGAAAGUGGAUGAUGAAGACGGAUUGUGUUAA